AAUCUUUCUGGUCUCCUCAUCGGUUUUCUCUCUCUCUCUCUCUCUCCGAAAAAAUGGUGAAGCGUCCCGUGAAGUACUCUGUGGUGGACGCGUUCACUGACACGGCGUUUAAGGGAAACCCAGCGGCAGUGUGUUUGUUGGAGAAAGAAGAAGAGCAAGAUGAGAAAUGGAUGCAAGCUGUUGCCGCGGAAUUCAACAUUUCCGAAACUUGUUUCUUGACUCCGAUUUCCUCUACCCAAUCGGAUGCUAAUGACCAUUCUGUCACGCGAUUCCACCUCCGCUGGUUUACUCCUUUAGUUGAGGUCAAGCUUUGCGGUCAUGGAACCUUGGCAUCUGCACAUUUUCUCUUUGCAUACAGGAUAGCAAGAACAGAUGUUAUUGAGUUUGUCACACUAUCCGGAGUUCUGAUUGCUAAAAGGAUUCCUACAGGAAGCAAUGUGGACGCGUCAAAGUUCUCAGAUGGCUACCCAGAAGAGCACUUCUCUAUAGAAUUAGACUUCCCUACAAUUCCUGUGCUUGAGUGUGAAUCUGCAGAUAUUCCAUCACUUCCAGAAACCCUGAAUGGCGCUCCUGUGGUCAAUAUAAGUAAAACAGCUGAAGCCAGUGGUGGUGACCUCUAUGUCGAGCUCUCAUCCGGAAAGACUGUUGCAGAUUUAAAACCACAAUUGGAUGAGAUACGAAAAUGUCCUGCUAGAGGGCUCAUUGUUACAGGGCCUGCUCCCGACGGAUCUGGAUUUGAUUUCUUCAGUCGCUUUUUUAGUCCAAAGAUGGGAAUUAAUGAGGAUCCUGUUUGUGGAAGCGUACAUUGUGCUUUAGUGCCCUAUUGGAGUAAAAAGCUGGGAAAAUGUGAUCUUGUUGCAUACAUGGCAUCUCCAAGGGGUGGAGUACUGGAAUUGCAUUUAGAUGAGACAAACCAGAGAGUACUGAUUCGAGGCAAAGCUGUUACUGUCAUGGAAGGUUCCUUAUUAGCAUAACCAAGGAAAUUACUCCCUUUUCCUUGGAAUUGUAUGUAAAUUGUACCAAUAUUUUGGAAUUUUAAAAGUAUUUUUUCCCCCUUAAAUACUUGUAUUGAUUGCUAGACCUUGUAUUUGCAUUGAAUGAAUGUCUACCAAGUUUUAAAUCUAAUACUAUUGGUUUCUCUCGUUUAUUAAUCUUCUAAGCGAUACAUACAGUGCAUUCAUGUCUUUUAAUUAGUAAGCAUUAAUUUAAAGGGAGGGAUCAACAGUGAAGGAAGCAUUUGCCCAUGUACUUUUAUCAAUUUAAGCGAAUUUCCCAGAAUUUUACA